CUCACCAUUCACUCAUCCACCACAGCUUAGCAGCAGCAACAACCAGUACCAUAGACACUCUCCAUCAACAAACUCUAGCUGAUCAAUCCUAGCUAAGCUUAUUACAUAGCAAGCAUGGGGUACUCCAAAACCCUAGUAGCUGGCCUGUUCGCAAUGCUGUUACUAGCUCCGGCCGUCUUGGCCACCGACCCAGACCCUCUCCAGGACUUCUGUGUCGCCGACCUCGACGGCAAGGCGGUCUCGGUGAACGGGCACACGUGCAAGCCCAUGUCGGAGGCCGGCGACGACUUCCUCUUCUCGUCCAAGUUGGCCAAGGCGGGCAACACGUCCACCCCGAACGGCUCCGCCGUGACGGAGCUCGACGUGGCCGAGUGGCCCGGUACCAACACGCUGGGUGUGUCCAUGAACCGCGUGGACUUUGCUCCCGGAGGCACCAACCCAUCACACAUCCACCCGCGUGCCACCGAGAUCGGCAUCGUGAUGAAAGGUGAGCUUCUCGUGGGAAUCCUUGGCAGCCUCGACUCCGGGAACAAGCUCUACUCGAGGGUGGUGCGCGCCGGAGAGACGUUCCUCAUCCCACGGGGCCUCAUGCACUUCCAGUUCAACGUCGGUAAGACCGAGGCCUCCAUGGUCGUCUCCUUCAACAGCCAGAACCCCGGCAUUGUCUUCGUGCCCCUCACGCUCUUCGGCUCCAACCCGCCCAUCCCAACGCCGGUGCUCACCAAGGCACUCCGGGUGGAGGCCAGGGUCGUGGAACUUCUCAAGUCCAAGUUUGCCGCUGGGUUUUAAUUUCUAGGAGCCUUCCCUGAAAUGAUAAUUAUAUAAUUCCAUAUAUGCAUGCUAGCAAAAUUUAAUAAUUCUCACCAGAAGACAUGUAUUCAAGUUUCAGGUUAAUCUCGCAUGUAGUCGUGUAAUAAGAUUGAACAAGUUAGCCUCAUGGUGUAGCCUUCGAUCAGAACCAAUAUGAGGAAUUGAAUGUACUACUUUUUAUUGUCGUCUUUGUUCUUUUCACUGAACGGAAUAUAUAAUAAGCAUUUUCGUAUAUUUGUC